ACAUGCUGAGUACAUCAACCGCAAGAGACAAACCGCUCUUAACUGUCACCAUGAAGACAACACUCGCCGCCAUCGCUGUCCUCGUCCUGGCUCUCGGCUGGACCUCUGAAGCUGUGCAGGUUGAAGAGAAUGGAUUGUCGUUCUCUCUGGAAGCCAUCAAGAGGCUCCAGGAGCUGACGGAGAGCAGCGGUGCGACCGGACAACAAAGCCCACGACUCAGGGCGAGCCCCGGGUCCCUCUGUGCCGACCCCAUGCUCCCACAGGAGUUCCUGCCCCUCUGUAAGCAGAGAGGAGCGUCUGCAUCCCUCGCCAGACUAGCUAUGGUUCCCAUGGAUGUGUGUGAGAUCUGUGCCUUUGCUGCCUGCACCGGCUGCUAAACGAACCCAGAAAGAAAACCCUGAAAUUUUCCCAGCUUAUAACUUGUGAUUAUCUUCCUCCCCUCGCAAAACUAUUUCAGGGAAUUUCUCAAUUUUUUUGCAAUUAUUAGACGACGUCUUGAUGUUCCCUGAACACAGAGGCUCUGACCCCGGCACAUUGUGCACUUUGCUGUUAGACAAAAAAGAGCCCAAAAGGAAAAGAAAUCAAACAAACUGAGCAAUUUCUGUCUGCAUACUGUUACUUUUUACAGCACAUUUACCUCUUUAUCUUUCUGCUGACAGUUCUUUAUCACGCAUUUUUAUUUUUGGAAUUAACAUUGUUACAUUUCUAUCUUGCAAACCUUAGAACUGUAUACAUAUU